AUGGAUUCUAAUCAAUUGAUUGCUGAUAAGGAUGCUCAGAAAACUAGUAAGGGAGCACAGUUGGCUGUUAAGGGUGACCCGAAGUCUGGUAUGACAGCAUCAGCUGCAGCAGUAAAAGAAGCAAGUUAUUCAAUGACAGGGAAUGAGAAACCUUGGUCUACUCCUAAAAAAGUGGGAGGCUCAUUUCUUGAAACUAAACUAAAUAGUAAUAAGGUUGAGGAAAUGAUGAAGGAUAUUUUCUUGGGUUGGAAUUGGUACAACAGCCAGGUAGUGGAAGGUAGAAUUUUGUUGGUUUGGAAACAAGAUAUAGUUCAAGUUACUAUUACUCAAGAGAUGGACCAGCUAAUCAAUUGUGAAGUGAAGAUCAAGGGUGUUAAACACACAGCUUAUCUGUCUUUUGUGCCUUGGUUGGUUGUUGGGGACUUCAAUGCAGUUUUUGAAUUUGAUGAUCGUAUUGGAGGUAGAAUGGUAACUGCUUUGGAAGUAGAGGAUAGUCGACAAUGGAGGGCUAAAGCAUUGUUGAAUGAAUUAAGAUCUAGUGGCUCUUUCUUUACUUGGUCUAACAAACAAAAAGAAGGUUCAAGAAUCUUCUCUAAGUUGGACAGAGUUCUUAUUAAUGAACUGUGGCUUGAUAUCUUUCCUGAUUCAGAGGCUCGGAUUAACUGGGAUACAAUAUCUGAUCAUUGUUAUUGUCUCAUCAAAAUAGUUCAGUAUCAGGAUUCAGAGAUUAGGCCAUUCAGAUACUACAAUAUGUGGGCUUCUCAUAAGGACUUUCGGAGUAUUGUCUUGAAUAUCUGGUCUAAACCAACUGGUGGUUAUGGUUUGCAGAAGAUCAUUCAGAAAUUAAGGAGACUUAAACCUGUCUUAACUCAAUUCAACAAGAAGCAAGUUGGUGAUGUUGUCCAAAAUUAUGUUGCAGCUAAACAGAAGUAUGAGUUGGCCCAAUUCUUGUUGCAGCAGUCUCCUUCUUCGAGUUUGUUACAGCAGGAAGAGAUUGAGGCAGCUAUUGAGUAUGAUAGAAUUUCUAAAUCGUAUGAGAGUUUCCUGAGGCAAAAAAGUAAAAUUAAUUGGCUUGGAUUUGGUGAUGAGAACACAGCUUAUUUCCAUGAUGUUAAGAGAGCUUUAUUCAGUAUCCCCUCCAUCAAAAGUCCUGGCCCAGAUGGUUUUGGCUCAGGUUUCUAUAAAGCCCUCUGGAAAGAUAUAGGGGAAGACAAUUCUGAGGCUAUUUUGAUGUUCUUUGAGCGUGGAGUGAUUCUUGCUGAGUUGAAUGGGACAAUCUUAUCUCUUAUUCCUAAGGUUGAUUCUCCCACUAAAGCCACCGAUUAUAGACUUAUUGCCUGCUGCAACACUCUCUAUAAAUGUAUUUCCAAGAUGAUUUGUUUCCGAUUGGCUAAGGUUCUCCCUGUGAUUAUUCAUCAAAAUCAAGGAGCUUUUAUAAAGAAUAGACAGCUUCCUCAUAAUAUUUUAAUUCUUCAAGACAUUCUCUGUGGCUAUACAAGGAAGAAUAUUUCUCCCCAAUGUGUGCUAAAAAUUGAUCUCAGUAAGGCGUAUGAUUUUAUUGAUUGGGUCUUUAUAAAGGAUAUCUUGACAGCUUUUUGUUUCCCUGGAAGGUUUAUUCAAUGGAUAAUGACUAGCUUGGCGGGUACUUCUUAUACUCUUAUGUUCAAUGGGAGAUUACAAGGAAGUUUUGAAGGGAGGAAAGGAUUAAGACAAGGAAACCCUAUCUCUCCUUUGCUUUUUGUGCUGGCUAUGGAAUAUCUCACAAGACUUCUAAAGCAAGCUUCUCAUCACAGAGAGUUUAGAUUUCAUCCCAUGUGUAAGCAUUUACAACUUGUUAAUUUGUGUUUUGCAGAUGAUUUGAUUCUGUUUUGUAAGGGAAAUUUUAGAUCUGUUCAGAUUUUAUUUGAAGGAUUUUCGAACUUUUGCCAUUGCUCUGGUCUAGCUGCUAAUUUGAGUAAAUCUCAAAUUUUCUUUGGGGGCGUGGCAGCUGAGGUUAAGAAUGAUAUUCUUAAGUUUGUUGCUCUUGGAGAGGGGAAUUUUCCUAUGAAGUAUCUGGGGGUUUCUCUGAGGCCCACGAGAUGGUUGGUUGCUGAUUGUGGUGAGAUAAUCAAGAAAAUCCAGACUAGGCUCCAUGUUUGGGCGAAUAGACAUUUAUCUUUUGCAGGGAGAACUCAGCUGAUUUUUUUUGUUUUGCUUGGAAUUUGCAAUUAUUGGAUGAAUAUUUUUAUGCUUCCCUAUAGUGUCAUUCAAGAAAUUGACAGGUUGUGUCGCAACUUCCUUCGGGGAGCCAAAAACAAUCGCAGCAAGUUCCAUUGUUCCUCUUGGUCUCAGGUUUGCCUUCCUAAAGUUUUGGGUGGCUUGGGUUUUAAGGAGGGUUCUAAUUGGAAUAAAGUUCUUUUGGCUAAAUAUCUUUGGGCUUUGUCUUCUAAACAAGACAUGUUAUGGGUGAAAUGGAUUGAUGGAGUCUAUCUAAAAGGAAAUUCUUUCUGGUCUUAUCAGCUGAAACCAGAUGUUAGUUGGUAUUGGCGUAAAUUGUGCUACUUGAGAGAGACCUUUACUGAAAUGGAUUUGGAGGCAACGGCUGCUCAUGGUAAUCUGAAAGUGAAGUCCCUGUAUAGUAGCAUGCUUCAGAGGGAUUCAGUUGGGUUUGCUAAGGCAGUGUGGUGUAGUCUUUCUGUGCCCAAGCAUCAUUUUAUUCUUUGGCAAUCAGUUCUUGGCCAUUUACUGACUAGGGAUAAUCUGGUUCGGUGCCAAAUUGAAGUUAGCUCUAAGAUCUGUCCGGUUUGGGAGCUGCUUAAGCAUUGGUUAGGUCCUGGUAUUUGGCCGAAUCAAUGGGACAAUUGGAAGCAGUGGUUAGAAGGGAAGCCUAAAAAUAUGAUGCAUCGAAUUUAG